AUGUUUGUAUGUAUUAGCUUGACUAUUAUACUUGGUAUUCUUUUUCUGUGUAUUAUUAUUCUUGAUAAAACAUGUCAUACAGUAUCAAUGAUGAUAACUGCCAAUACAUGUUUAAGUGCAAUUGUAGCAGGAUGUAGUUUGUUGAGUAUGUGUAUAUUUACACUUGAAAAUGAUAUUAAACAAAUUUCGUAUGAAGAUUCACUUUGUAUUUUGCGAGGUUAUUUUUGUUAUGCUUCAUGUGCUGUGUUCGAUUAUUCAUUUUUAUUACAAUCUAUCUAUCGAUAUAUUACCGUUGUUUAUCCACUUCGUUUAUUCUGGCAAUCAGCAAAGUUUCAAGCCUUACUAAUUUGUUCAACAUGGAUAUUUAGUUAUGUGUUUCCUGCUGCAUUUAUGUUCACUAAUGAAUUUAUUUACAAUGUUGACAAUCAAAUAUGUCAAUUACCUCUUCGACUUUCUUUCUCUAUAAUUUAUGCAACACAUUGUAUCUAUGUUAUUCCAGUGUCGUUAAUUAUGUUUAUUUAUUUAAAAUUAGUUCGAUAUGUAAAAGAAAUGAGUAAACGUGUAACACCUGCUAAUAUAUUAGCUCGUGCAAAAAGAGAAUUAAGAAUGGUUCAACGUACAGUUAUACUUGUGACAAUAUUAUUAACACUUGGUGUUCCAUAUACAAUAAUUAUUUUCAUGUCAUUUUUCACAAAUCCACCAAAAUAUCAUUUUCGUAUUGCUUUUAUAUUUGUCGAUGUAUCAUUGGCAUUCGUAAUGAUUGCUUUAUUGAAAUUUACUGAUCCACUUCGAAUGUCUCUUAUGAAAAGAGUAAAUGGGCGAAGAAAUACGGUAGUAGCAACAAUAACAUAA